AUGGAGGUGAAGAACAACAUGGUGCAGAUGAAAGUCAUGGAGGAAAUAGCAAGGAUGGUGGUGCGCGCGUUCUACGAUGAAGAGACGGUGAUCGUGAUGGACGUCGUCAUGUUCAUGACGAAGCAGUCGGGGUCGAGUGUCAGGGACGAGGAUGUAGCGGCAGAGGCGAAGUUGCAGCACAAGUCGGUGAGAAGGGUCCUGAGCAAGCUGGAGAAGAACUACCUGGUGAAGAGCUUCACUAGGAAGGAGACGAGGGGAGGAAAGGAGAUGAUGCAGCAGUACUGGAGGAUCGACUACAAGAUGCUGAUCGACGCGAUCAAGCUCCGAAUCCACAGGAUGAAGAAAGCUCUGCACGUGAUGCCGGUCGAGGCGAUCACCAAGUACAUGUGCAACAACUGCACCGACGACGACGGGAAUCAUCCGUGCUGGGACGAGCACGACGUCCAGCAGCUUCAGUUUGGCAUCGAGUGCUUCGAAGUUGAGAAGAGCAACGAUCAUGGCGGUCAGGCGGACAUCCACCAGAGGAUGCAGAAGCAGCUGUCACGACUUAUAGAUGCUCUCAAGAAGUCAGAGGAGGUUCACAACACUUGCUAA